UUGUAAGCCUCUCAUCCGAACAGACACACGUCGGCGACGGCAGGCUGCGUUCAAUCGGCCACCCUCCAAGCAGCGCAUCCCGCAGCGCCUUAUUCCACUGCCAUGCCCAUCACAAUGCCACGCCCUUGCCGAUACCACCUAGAAGCUUCCGAGGCUUCCUGAAAGCUUCUACCGUUCUCCGCCCGCCACCAUGGCCACCGCCCUCGCUUCCGAGAGCGCCAUUCGCGCGGCGCGUCUGCUCGUCGUGCUGCUGCUCGCUUGCGCCGCGGGCCUUCUUUCCGACGCGCUCACCCGCGCCGUGCACCUGCCGCACCUCGCCGCCUCGCCCUCGCAGCAGCAGCUGGCGGCCGCGCCUGUCCGGGUGCGCGUGGGGGCGAGUCUGAUCGCCGUUGCGGCGAGCGGGGCGGCGAGGGACGCGCAUGCCGCUGUGCUGGCGGGCACGGCGCUGAGCGGCGCGCUCUCGCGGCUGUGCCGCCGCCAGGCACCCGCCCUCCGCGCGGACCACGCCUGCCCUGCCGCCCCCCUUACCCACCCCAACCCUCACUCGUCACCCCCCUUGCCUGUCGCCGGCAGCGACAAGGCGCCGCUGCAGGCGCAAUGCAGGGAAGAACCAGCGCAGUGCAGCGAUAGUAGGGCUUCGCUUUUCUCCAUGCUUGAAGGGCUGCUCGGAGCUGCCUUUCCCCACCUCCUCAUCGCCAUUGCCACUCCCCUCCUCCCUCGCCUCCCUCGCCUGCCCUCCCCCACCCCGGCCAUCGCCCUCGCCCUGAUCCCUGCCUACCCGUCCGCCCUCCUGCCUGCGGCGCUCCCCUCGUCCGCCCGCGCCCUGCUGCACCUUCUGCUGCUCCUUACCGCCACUGCUGCCCUCACCGCCUCCUCCUCCGCGCUCCUCCCACUCCUCCUCGCCCCCUUCCCCCUCUCCCCCUCCGCCCUCUGGCCCCGCGCCCUCCAGCUGCUGCUGGCGGACCUGCUGGCGCUGCUGCUGGCGCAGCUGCUGCUCGCGCUGGCCUGUGCCGCACUUGCCUCCGGUGCACUCCACACCUCCCACGCCGCACCUCUCGCCAUGCUGCUCGCUCCCACGCUCGUGUGGUGUGCUACCCACUCCCCACGCUGGCACCUUGCAAUAGCCACGUUGGCACUGUCAGCAUCAGCCAUCUCAGCCACGUCAGCAGGGCUGGGCCCCUUUCAACACGCAGUUCCUUCAGAGGCUGCGCUGCAGCUCCAGCUCUUCCUGCUCGCACUCCUCCUGCUGGCGCACCUGCUCUCGCCCCUCGCCACCUCCCUGCGCCUGCCAUGCACCCUCUGCCACGCCACUGCCAGUGCUGCAGCUGCAGCAGCAGCAGCGCACACGCAGCAGCUGGCAGUGCUGCAGGCGGAGGUGCGGUGCGGGCGCGAGGCAGUGCGGGCGGCAGGGGAGGGGAUGCGGGCGGCGGGGGAGGCGAAGGUGCAGUUCAUGGCGAACAUGAGCCACGAGAUCCGCACGCCCCUCCACGCCAUCCUCGCCAUGACCGACCUCGCCCUCGACCACCCCCUCCCCCCCGACGCCCGCGACCACCUCGACACCGUGCUGCAGUCCGCCAACCACCUGCUGGUGCUGGUGGACGACAUCCUGGACAUCACGAAGCUGGAGGCGGGCCGCCUACAGCUGGACGCGGACCAGUUUGACGUGCGCGCCCUCAUCAACCGCAUCAUGACGAUGCUGGCCGCCCGCGCCGCCCUCAAGGGCCUGGCCUUCCAGUGGGAGGUGGAUGCUGCUGUGCCGCCCGUGCUGCUGGGGGAUGCCAUGCGCCUCAGACAGUGCCUGGUGAACGUGGUAGGCAACGCCAUCAAGUUCACGGAGCGCGGUGAGGUGCGCGUCACCGUGCAGCCCUUCGCCCCGCACCUCCUCCCGCCCAACAUGGCCCUCAUGCACCUCCCACCCGCCCACUCCCCUUCCUCCCCUUCCUCCACAUUUCCUGCUCAAGCCGCCUCUCCGCCACACCAUUCUCCCACCACCACCACCACCAACCCCGCCACCCUCUCCUCUGCCACCUCUUCUCCUGCCACGGACCUUCCCCCCUCGCCCUCCGCCUCUGCCGCCCCCAACGGCCUGUAUGGUGCACGUGGCGGUGGGAGUGGGCCAGAGGGCGCAGCAGUGCGAGGGGGGGUCGGAGUGGCGCUGCUGUUCACCGUGCGAGACACAGGCGCGGGCAUUGCGGAGGGGCAGCAGCGGCGCAUAUUCCAGUCGUUUGAGCAGGCCGACUCCUCCAUGUCGCGCCAGCACGGCGGCACGGGGCUCGGCCUCUCCAUCACCUCCAGGCUCGUUCACAUGAUGGGCGGCAGCAUUUGGCUGCACUCUGCGGAGGAGCUCGACCGCCGCCUCGCCCUCGACGCCCUCUCGCUGUCGCUCCUUCCCUCCCUCCCCCACCGCUCCUCCUCCCGCUCCCUGGCGCCCGCCCUCUCCCCCUCCUCCGCCACCUGCCCUGCCCCCUCGCUCACGGCCCGCCUGCCUGCUGCUGAGCGCAAGGGGUGGGGCGAGGAAAGGCGGGCAGAAGGCGGCUUGGAUGCAGCAGCAGGUGUGGCGGGGGAGCAAGCAGCAGGAGUGCGGGAAGGAAAGGCAGAGGUCUCAGGAGGCGAGAGCAGAGGCAUGUAUGCGAGGGCUGUCACAGCAGGGGUUGGAGGUGGUAGGGGUAGGGUGCAGCAGUUGAGGGGCGGUGAGAGCAGGGCUGGGCGCAGCAGGCGGCGAACACAGAGCUUCACAUGUGGGGAUGCGGCCACAGGGCGCAUGCUGGACGACGUGCUGCUGCGCGCGCGUGAGGAGCAGCAAGCAAUUGAGGAGCAGCACGCUCGCCAGGAGCACCAGGCAGCCAAGCUGCCUCCCGCCAGGCUGACUGCUACUGCUUCCCACACUCAGGGCGCCCCUGCCCCUGCCCAGGAGCAGGAACAGCAGCAGCUGCAGCUAGCAUCGUCUGGAUUGGAACGAAGUAGCAGUGAGGGGUUUACAAUGCGGCGGCGGCCUCUGCUUGUGGUUCGAGGGAGGACUCGGUCCAUGGAGUGUGGUGGGGCAGGGGAGAGCAGGGAGUGGGGCAGUGUGGGCGCGGAGGACAUUGUGAGCGUGCAGAUGAGAGGCAGGGAGGCUACUGGCAGAGGCUCAGGUGGCGCCACCGCCAGUGAGAGCAGUGGUGGCGACGAGGGCAGGCCGCCCGGCAGCAGUCCUCGGCAUGUGCCGCCCCGCCUCAAGUCGUGGGGUCCCGGCAGUGGCAGUGGCAGUGGCAGUGGCAGUGGCAGUGGCAGUGGCAGUGGAGUGCGCAUGGCAGGCAGUCCGCACACAGGGGCGGGUGCCAGGGGCAUAGGGGCCAGAAGCGUUAGCAGCAGAGCAGCAGCCAGCGGGUCCAGCAGCCCUCAUGCACACGCCGGUGCUAGUGGUGGUGGUGGGGCCGAUAGCGCUGCCCGCGUGGUGCCUGGUGGGGCGGAGGCAGGAGUGGCAAAGCUGAGCCGGGUGGUGGAGAGGGAGGACGAGGGGGGGAGCGAGGAGGACGGCCCGGGGGGCAGGUCAGGGCAGCGCAGGAGGAGAGAGAGGCGAGCACAGGUAGGUGGUGCUGGGCGCCUGGCAGCAAUGGAGGGCAGUGCGCAGGAGCAGCGGGGGGCUGGUGUGGGCACGGAAGGGUGGCAGGGCGGUGGGCAGGCUGUGGGGAUGCAAAGGGGAGAUGAGGGGCUGCAGAAGGGGUUGGGUGCAUCUCAGGAGGAAGGAGGCGAGGUGGGAUGGAGAGGCAAGCAUGUAUGGCGGGCCCUCCCUUGUCGGUGGAUGUGAGUGGGUGUGGGGAAGAGGCAGCAGCUGGGGUGGGCAGCAGCAGCAGGUUUGACGAGUCACUGCCUGCGCCUGGGACGCACAAUGACAAGUCGGAUGCCUCGCCACCAGCGUUAGGCAGUGCCGGCCACGCCCACGGUGAGCCACCCACCUGUGGCCGUGCCAGUGCCUCCCCUAUGCACCCACCCAUCCCUGCAGCAGCUGCGGCAUCACGGCCCAGGGCAGACUCGUCUGUGGCGUUGGGUCGGCAGCGUCAGCUGAAUGCUCGACAGCUCACUUUCCAGCUGCCCGAGGACGCCUCCCCCGACCACACGCCCUCCACGCCUACCUUUGUCCCUCGUAGAGCGUCUCAGGGGCCUCCUGCUGCCUCCACUCUU